GUCACUGCUGAAAUUUCACCCGGGAAGAUGCACCUGAGUAGGCCAUAAACAACGUUGAAAGUACGAGCGAUUGUGAUGUAAGAUUAACAGAACAGAAGGAUGGAUCUGGGCAAGGCAAAGCUGCUAAGGACUGGUCUUAAUGCUCUUCAUCAAGCUCUUCACCCUGUGCAUGGAAUAGCCUGGACAGAUGGGAAGCAAGUAGCGCUAACGGCUCUAUAUUGGGCUAAUGGAGAACCCAAGUUUGGCGACACCAACGUUAUCGGGCAAUUUGACCAUGUUCUCGGACUUUUCUGGGGUCCUGUUUGCUGCACAGGGUCUCCUGCCCUUCUCGCUGUUCAGCACAAGAAGCAUGUCAGCGUGUGGCAGCUCCAGCUCAGCACUCUGGAGCAGAACAAGCUCCUGUGCACUCAGACAUGUGAAAUGAGCGAGCCUUUCCCCGUGCUGUCUCAGGGAUGUGUGUGGCACCCAAAGAAGGACGUGCUCGCUAUACUAACCAAAAGGGACGCCUCUGUCUUAUUUUCAGUCAGGGUUGACAACCGCAGGGUGAAGGCGGACAUCAAAGGUAGUGGCUUGAUACACUGUGCUUGCUGGACAAAAGACGGCACGCGAUUAGUGGUUGCAAUUGGGAGCGCUCUCCACUCCUACAUUUGGAAUGACAUUCAGAAAAGCCUCAAUGCCUGUUCGUUCUGCCCCAUCUUUGAUGUUGGGGGUUACAUCUGUGCUAUUGAAUCUACCGAAGAUGCUCAAGUCGCUGUUGCCACAGAGCUGCCUUUGGAUAAAAUAUGUGGUCUCAAUGCUGGCAUGGCUUUUGAUGUCUCCUCUGCAUCAGAAACAGGUUCAUUGCCUUCACAGUCUUCUGUGCUAGUUGUAGAUGAAGACUGUUUUUUGGACUCCAGAAGGAGGUCUAUUGACUCUGAAAGGUCUUUAGCUCUAAAUUCCAUUGCUUCUUCCACAUCGGGUCCUCUGGACCUAACUCACAUCCUUGCAAACCACAGGAAAUCAGACCCCAGUCCUCUGAUUCACUUGAAGCGUCGUGAUCAUAUUACCGGAUCUGGACAAGACUCUUCCCAUUUGAUCUUGGUGACUUAUGAAAGGAAGGUGACAACAACCAGGAAAGUAAGUAUUCCUGGUAUUUUGGUCCCUGACGUUAUUGCUUUUGAUCCUCGUGGACGUACUGUAGCAGUGGCCUCAAACACGUGUAACAUGAUAUUGGUGUACUGUGUAACGGCCUCAGCCAUGCCUAAUAUCCAGCAGAUUCAGCUGCAGAAAACCGAAAGGCCAAAGGGACUGUGCUUCUUGAAUGAAAAAAUGCUCUUGCUUUUAGUGGGCAAGCAGAAGUCAAAUGACCCAGCUUUCCUUCCUUCUUCAAACACUGAUAAAUACAUAAUUAGGCUCAUGACCAAAGAACUCAUUUAUAACGAAGAAUCGUCUUCUAUGACUGCUUUUAGUCAAAACUCAUCUAACGCGGAUUCCGGUGUCAGUAUCCCUGGGAUGAAGAAGUAUUUUGAGAACCUGUCCAAGGAAGAACGUGUCCAAGGGGUGAAGGAACUGCUGCUCCCUGCAGGAACUGUGAUCCAGUCUCCCAGUGGCAGGAGAAAGCUGAUUGAAGAAGUGAAGAGUUGUGAGCAGAGCCCAGUGGCCAGUGUAACAGACUUUUCAGACAGAGCAACGUCCAGCGAGUCCUCAAUAGCCAUAGAGAAUUUUGACAACGAGCCCAUCAACCGAUCGGCGGGCUUAACUGUGACAGGGCCAACCAGCAGGGAAUCAAGUAGGCCCAGUUCUCCACGAUCAGAGUCAUUGGAAAGGAUACACUCUGCUCCAGCUCUGCCAAAGAACAACAGCUUGCCGAAGGAGAAAACAGUGGAUCAGCUCUCUCAAAAUCUGGAAAGGCUGUUUGCCAGGUUUUCAGAGGUACAGCAGUGCCUGUCGGAAAUUACAGACUUCACUCGAAAUGGAAAGAAGUCGAUGGGUGCUUAUCCGUCUUCAUCUGAUCCCCCUUUUGUCAACAUCAGUUGUCAGAAGCAGCUUUCUGAGAAUGUAUUCAUCGAUGAGAGGAGGCCUGUACUGUUGUGUGAAGGCAAACUAUGCUUACGGGUUAUCCAAGAGCUGUUUAGUCUCUCGAUUGUAGAAAUGCUGCAUGGUCCUCUCUGGAUAGUUCUGGUUGCAGAUGGGGAAGGAUUUGUUCCGCUGACCUUUAAACACAGGGAUGAAAUCACUAUUCGAAAUGGAAAGUCAAAGGCUCUUCCACGGUCCCACUUUAGUGCUGAUAUUUCAGAUGGCCCACAUUCAUCAUGUGCAGAAAACUAGAAAAAUGGCCAAUGGCUUGAAAGGUGUUUUAUCAGGAUACUUUGUGGUGGAUUCACAGUUUAUUAAUAGAGCUGAGAUGUCUUAUGUAAUGUAUUUUAUUUUACAAAUACAAAAACUUAGGAACAUAGCACUGGUGUUCACCACUAAUUAUUAAUUGUGCAAAGGUAACCAAUGAACUUGUUUUAUUUUGAUGCCUUGAGGGUAGAGGACCGUAUUUCCAUGUGGUCACUGGGACACUUUGAGACAGUUGGGAAUUUUAAACGGAAAGAGGUUAAUGUAUGCAUUCAGCAUUACUUCUGUGCACCUUAAAUGUUCAUUUUUUCAGCCAUUACUCAAGACAGCUGCACAAUUUUAUUGAUUUGUCAAAAGCACCAUUGUAGCUGCAAACAGGUAAAGGUUGAUUCCAUGCUGAAAAGAAAGGAAAAGAAACACAACUUUUAACAGUUUCAGCUGUGGAGCCUUCUUCAGAU